AUGAACCCUCAACCUCUGAGUUUUCUCGUCAUGCAGGCCAUGAUCCUCGGUUGUGCUACGGUGAUGUCACCCUCGGCUUUCGCUUUUUCCCAGGAGGUUUACCACAAGGGGCCGGUACCACUGGUACUGAAGAGAGGAAGUGCAAUGUGUUCGAUGUGUCGUGGGAAAAUCUGGUUGAAAAGUGCCAGUCGUUGCCAUCGAUGUCUCGUCGUCUGUCAUCAUAAAUGCGUUGAAAAAGCCGCUUCUGGGAUACCCUGUACGCCACAUGCAAUCACUCAAGGAGAUACUGAAUUUGCUGAGGUAAUCACUCUUCCCUUAAUAGUCAUUAUGGUUUUUUUUGCCCCACAAAAACACUUGAGUUUUGCUACAACAGAAUUGUUGGCUUUUGAGGAUUACUCACCUCAGCUUCGUCAG